AUGGGGUCCGUUCCUACCGACCUCGAAACCCUUUCUAUAUACGAAGCCCCUGAUGACUUUUCGCGUGAGGUGGACGAACACAUCAGAAAUAGUGAACUGGCCAAAUCAUUACGAGCUCACCCAGACUUUAUAGAAUCCCGCCCUCACUUGAAGAUUCCAGAGGAAGUGCGGCAACAUAACUUGACCGCAGGGACAUUGGCAGGUCCUAACAUGAUUACCGUGCCUCCAUACUAUUUCAACGAGAAAGAUGGCAAAUCCAUGGUUCAGAUCUUUUAUGUCGGCUCAGACUGUUCGGGCCAUCCAGGCAUUGUGCAUGGAGGCUUUCUAGCAACCAUGCUUGACGAGGGACUGGCGAGAUGUGCUUUUCCCGCAAUGCCUAACAAGGUCGGAGUAACAGCGAACCUGCAAAUCAACUAUCUCAAGCCCACAAUGGCGGGCCAAUUUCUCGUUCUCAAGGCCAAGACAACACGUAUCGAUGGUCGCAAGGCGUGGGCUGAAGGUUGGAUUGAGAGUCUUGAGGUUGCUGAAGGAGAAGAGCCUCAAAAGCUCGUCGAGGCCAACGCCUUGUUCGUUGAGCCCAAGCAUGCCAAGGUCCUUAAGUCUCUCUACCGUGCGGCCGCCUAA